UGCUUAGUUUCCGUCUGUGAGGUAAACAGCUUGGCGAGAUGCGGGUGCAAAGUUGGAUAUAAAAUAUUUAUAUCAGUCGUUAAUCCAGAAUGUGACCUACAUAUCUUCGUGAGGAUAAGCAACAGUUUGUGGUUCUCUGCUCAUUAGUACGUCUAUUUGUACGCUCAUUAAACAGCGUCCAUUGUCGCCGUGUGUUGACAUGUUAGUUUACAUGUUUGUCUCAUCAGCUGACGUGCAGCUCUAACCACCAUACACCAUCUGGGUUUAUAUAGUUUACCACCCAGUUUGUGUUUUAUUUGAAUCCAGUGCUGCAGAGAAAGCACAAGGGUAAAUAGGCAUUUUGGUAAAUGAUAACCACUUACAACCAGCUAACUAACGAGACCACAUUCAGGCAUGUUAGUCCAGGCAAGUUAUUGAGUCAGCCUCAACUGCUGGUGGGGAUAUUCUCCUAAAAUAAGGCUACAUCAUCCAGAUAUGGUAUGCAUGGCUUGGUAAGUUUCUGUGACUGAGCCAUGGAGGGGAUCCUGUACAAGUGGACAAAUUACAUGACAGGUUGGCAGCCUCGCUGGUUCGUCCUGGAGGACGGGACCAUCUCCUACUACGACAGUGAGGAUGACGUGGGGAAAGGAAGCAAAGGCUCCAUCAAGAUGUCCGUCUGUGAUAUCAAAGUUCAUCCUACAGACACGGCACGCCUGGAGCUGAUUAUCCCAGGAGAACAACAUUUUUACGUCCGAGCUGUCAACGCGGCAGAGAGGCAGAUGUGGCUGGUUGCGUUGGGGUCAUCUAAAGCAGGGACACUAGACAGUCAUAAACACAAAGGGCCUGACUGUCUGAAAACAAAGAUGUCUGAGCUCCGCCUCUACUGUGACCUACUUGUUAAACAAGUCCAAAGUAUUCAGUCGCAGCAGAACGACAAUACAGAGACCACUCCCACAUCUGAGGCGUCUUUGCUCAGUGCGACCUGCUCCACCUUCAUCAGGACGCUAGAGGAGUGCAUGACCCUGGCCAACCACAGUCUGGCACCGGACAUCCCCCCCCUGGAGAGGACGAAGAGGUCCAUCAGUCACCCCGGGACAUAUACUUUUGACAGGUCUAAUAUAAAGGAUUCUUACGUGGCUGGAGGGCAAAGGUCAACUCCACACCGAAACCGCACUUGUUCCGACAGCUCCGUCUACGAUUCUGAACGUUUCAUGCCCGGUCUCAACGGUGACUCAUCCUCCAUCCCUGAAGAGAGAUCGGGCGGGGCUACUCUGAAGACGACACCCACUGACACAGACACCGACCUGUCGAUGUGACGGCCUGGCCGUGCGUUGGCCUCUGAUCUUGCCUACCCCCCUCGCCGGGCCUCUGGAUGCACAGUAGAACACGUAUGAACGUUGAAGAAAGACCAGGACCCAGGGCCACAGAGGGCCCCUAGAGGAGGGCCACGGGGGACUGUUACGACGUGACGGUCCACAACCUUUCUUCCCAAAGCCCGAGAGAGAGAGAGAGAGAGAGAGAGAGAGAGAGAGAGAGAGAGAGAGAGAGAGAGAGAGAGAGAGAGAGAGAGAGAGAG